UCCAGCAAAUUGUCAUUAUCAAUGGUUGAUAAAAAAUAGUCAGGUUCUCUUUAAAACGAGAGGAGUGGUGACACUAAAAGAAUAACGUCUGCGACUCGAGUUCUGCUGGCUCUCAUGAUUGUCAUAAUGGUCAGGAUCUGUGGUCAGGAUCAUCGACGCCGUGAACCCUUGCCGUAAACGCCUCUCCUUUUUCCGUUCCUUCUCUCUCUCGUGUCUCGUCCAACUCUCUCCCAUGUUUACAAACAUGGCGGCGGACGAAUGUUACUUGUUUUCACAGCUUGAUCUUCCAUCUUCAGGUUUUGUAUUGAUUGAGGAAAUCCGUAGGCAGGGAAAGCUGUGCGACAUAACUCUGAAAGUUGACGAUGAAAUCUUCACGGCCCAUCGCAUCGUCCUCGCCUCAACAAUCCCUUACUUCUACGCCAUGUUCACCCACGACAUGAUCGAGAGCAAGCAGAAGGAGAUUACUAUUCGAGGCAUUGAAGCUUCAGCACUGGAAGCUCUGAUCAACUUUGCAUACAGUGGAAAAGUGAAUAUCACGGCUUCGAACGUUCAGUCGCUGCUAGUGGGCUCAUCUUUUCUACAGCUACUCAAAGUUAGAGAAGCUUGUUCCGAAUUUUUAAUGAAAAGGCUCCACCCCAACAACGUGCUGGGCGUGCGGGCGUUUGCGGAUGCUCUUGGCUGCCCGGCGCUUGUGGACGCCACCAACAAAUUCAUCCGCAAGCACUUUCUGGAGGUAUCCCAGUCGGAGGAAUUUCUCGCCCUAACUCUGCCGGACGCCAUUGAGAUUGUUGGCUGGGAUGAGAUCUACGUUGUCUCUGAAGAACAAGUGUUUGAGGCGGUGAUGCAGUGGGUGCUUCACGACGCAGACGCCCGCGGCCAGUUGCUGCCUGAGUUGUUGUCUCAUGUGCGCCUCCCACUACUGAGUCCCCAGUUUCUGGCGGACCGAGUUGCGGCAGAGCCCUUGGUGCGAGGCUGCCACCGCUGCAGAGACCUGUUGGACGAAGCUCGUGACUACCUGCUUAUGCCCGAGCGCAGGCCGCUCUUGCGCGGCUUCCGCACACGCUCACGCUGCUGCCCCGACGCAGCAGGGCACAUCUACGCCGUUGGUGGGCUCACCAAGGCAGGUGAUUCCCAGAGCACGGUAGAGGUGUACGACCCGAAGCUUGGCCACUGGCAGGUGGCCGAGGCCAUGUCUAUGACUCGCAGUCGCGUCGGCGUGGCCGUAGUAGCCGGCAAGCUCUACGCCAUUGGUGGCUACAACGGAGUGGAGCGGCUUCGCACGGUCGAGGUGUUCAGUCCUGACACUCGGCUGUGGAGCAGGGUGUGCUCCAUGAACUGUAAGCGCAGUGCUGUCGGAGCCGCGGUGCUCUAUGGGAAGCUCUAUGUUUGUGGUGGCUACGAUGGAGUUUCUUCUCUCAACACGGUGGAGUGCUACAAUCCAGAUAAAAAUGAGUGGACCAUGGUGACCAGCAUGUCAAAGCACAGGAGUGCAGCUGGAGUGGUGGCCUUCGACGGACACAUCUAUGCUCUUGGUGGCCACGACGGACUUUCCAUUUUCGGAUCGGUGGAACGCUAUGACGUACAGAAGGGCCAGUGGUUCCUGAUGCCCCCCAUGCUGACCCGCCGCUGUCGUCUCGGGGUAGCCGUGCUGCGGGGCAAGAUCUAUGUGUGCGGCGGCUACGACGGGGCCACUUUCCUGCAGACGGCCGAAGCCUACGACCCCGCUCGGCAGAAGUGGCAGUUUGUGGCUCCCAUGAAUGUGACCCGUAGCCGGGUGGCCCUGGUGGCCAACUGCGGGCGCCUCUUCGCCGUGGGCGGCUACGACGGCGUCUCCAACCUGAGCUCGGUAGAGGUGUACGAUCCUGAUGUGGACCGCUGGACGCCCGUCGCCUCCAUGUGCGCACACGAGGGAGGGGUGGGCGUCGGAGUGCUGCCCGCUCCCUAGCACCAUCAGGUUCCUGCCCGUUUCAAAAGACCCGGAACUUCGGUGGAGCCUUCAAAUACCCAGUGUGUUCCACACGUGCAUUGCGGCCCGCGACAAACGACAGUUUUUGUAUUCUGCGCGUGUCGUGUGCCAAGUGAUGUGUACAACUCUCGUUAUGAAAUGGUGCCGAAGGGAGCCAGCUCUACACCGACGUAUUGCGGUAUAUUGUGCAACCGACACAAAUAGGUGGAAAACGAAAUUGCAAGAUAUUCCACAUUUUUACAGGUUUGAUGGUUCAACAUUGAUUCAGAGGUACUUUAGGUUCUUCAAGAAUGGAGGGGUGGUGUUUCUGAAUAUCCCCUACAGGCUGCAGAGCACCAUGGAGCGACAGUCUUGGAAGGUGAUGGUGCGAUUGCCCUAAUGAAAGCGGACAAAGAUUUGUGAGUGUUCUAAGCGAAGCUUGAAAUUUGUCUGGCGGGGAGAAGCCUCAUGCAGCUCAACGAAUCAAAACACACUUUGGGGAAAAGGUACAUUCCUUACAGAUGGUCCUCCAGGCAGUCCAAAAGCCAGGGGCAGAAAGGUCUGAAAAAAAUUGCCACUAAAGCAAAGUUGUGCAAUGCAGUUUACCUAGCAGAACUCCAUUGUCAAAGAGUGACAGACAGGUUUUCUUUGCUAGUUUUUGCUUAUUCCUGCAGCUUUUUGCUGCAUCAGCACAAAUUAAUCGUGCACAGUUUUUGUUAGUUUGCCGACACAAAUUUUGAAAGCAAUAUAUUCCUGCUGUCAGCUUUUACAGCUUUUUCCUGAAUGCAACUAUGGAAUCUCCAGCUGAUGUUUCUGUGCCUAUUACUGCCUCUUUUACAAGCAAGUGCAGUGCAGCCGAGCACACAAACUUGGCACUCGUUUUUUUUUUUUUUUUUUUUUUGAGCCUUUUACAAAGCAUUUAGGGUCUCUGCAUUGCAUUCUCUUUGCAGCCUCAAGUGGGAGCAAACAGAAAUCCGGACUUGAAACCCUGCCAUUAGAUGGUCGUUCUGUUUUCUGGCUGUGCCCAACCCUUUUGAGUGGCAGAGCUUUGCAAAUUCAGUUCUGCCGUGAUAGACAGCCCAGACUCAAACACACUGGGUGGUGAUAACAUUGCCACUGAUUAAAAAUAAACAUACUAUUGCUUCA